CAAACUCUGACGUGGUCAAGAGGCGGUUUUGUAUAUAAAAAGCCUUCACGUUAACCAAGACUUUGUGGUUAUGCUUUAACGUCAACCUUUGUUACCACUAACUUUUCUUCUUGGCGCUUAAUGAAAUUGAAGCAUUACAUCCAUACCUAAAGUAAUGUUGUUUCUUACUUAAACCAAAGUCUCUGCGUCACUGUGGCAUACCUAAGUUCUUCUGGUAUCGGAUGCUGCCGACGUUUGUUUGAAAAUUCAACGGAACUUGAGGAUUUAACUCUGAAAAUGCUGCCUGGUUUUGUUCUUGAUAUAUUUUGAAUAACACAUUAAAUUCUUCAAACGAUAAAAAUGUAUCCUGGGAUAUUACAUAAGUAAAUGCUGAAGACAGGUCCGUGACAUAGGAGCUUUCUCCCACCAUCUUGAUGAGCCGAUAUAUACUGAAUAAAAGGAUCUAUUUGGAAAGUCUACAUUGUUAAGUAUCAUUAGCGAACCGUUAUGUACGGAAUACAAAGUAUCUAUUUGGAAAGUCUACAUCGUCAAGAAUCAUUAGCGAAGACGGCGGUAAUACCGUCGCCCUUAUAAGCACCGCAAGGUGUUAAUACUCUCAUAGUUAUUGUCACUGAACGGCUGUAAUACUCACUCUGUAAAAAAUAGUAGAUACCAAAAUCAAUAUGAAUAAAGUUUUUUGCAAAGUCUUUAUUCUAUAUUUCUAUAUAAAGUUCAGAUUAUGAACAAAGAAUUCAAGUAGAAUAGAUUUGAUAUCAAAAUCGCUUAGUUACAAACAAAUUUUUCCAUGGCACUUGUUUAGAAUCACGUUCUCGGAUUUCUAUAAUGACUAUAAAUUGUUUCAGAAGAGCGCUUCAUUUCGAAAAGGCUCCUAAUGCUGAUGAAGGUUUGCAUUUAUCUUAGUUAAUGCAUUUGAGUCAAGUGGGCUUAGGUGCCCUGUUAGGGGUACAAGGCCGAGAGGAAGGCAAAGGAAUAGAAGGCGCAGUGGAGUGAGGAAGAUAUAGGGGAGCAGGGUUUAGCUGAGGAAGACGCUUUCGAUAGAAAGAACUGGAGACGUAUCAAGACAUCUCCCCCUUUAAGCUUAAGGAUGGAGCAGGAGAAGAUGAACAAGUUUUGUCCUCUCUUUGCAACAGGUAAUGAAAGAAGGGGCAGCUUGGGUGACCAUCUUGCGAGAACCAGCUUCUCUUUUCGAGUCCCUCUGGAACUACUUCGACAUGCAUCAGGUAGAUGUAUUUUUCCAGUUCUACCAUGUCAAUCUGACAUAUUUCUCGAAAGCCCUCAGUCUUACUGGCGUUAACAGGAGGGGGAUUGGCAUCGGCCUAAAUCAGAUGACUUUUGACAUGGGGUACAAGAUGCCCAUAGCUAUGAAACCCGGGGAACUCCUCCAGUCGUUCCAGGAGAAGGACGACCUCUUCGAUCUGGUGAUGAUCGCCGAGCGAUUCGACGAAUCUUUGGUCCUUCUGAAGCACUUGAUGUGUUGGUCGACGGAGGACAUCGCAUAUGUCAAGCUCAAUUUUAGGGGAGGGACCACCGAUUCUCCGCCCUUACCGCAGUGGGUGAAAUUGAGACUCAGGAAACUCAAUUACCAAGACGCCAUGUUGUACGACUACUUCCGCGGGGUGUUCAACCAGAAGGUGAGGGACUUCGGGCGGGAAAAGAUGCGCCUCGAAGUCCAAGAACUUCGAAAAGCGAAUGCCAGGCUCUUCGACGAAUGCUUAGCCGACGAACUGGAAGAAUGGGACUCUGAGACGAACGCCAGAUGGGAAAACAGGAAUAUUGUGGGAUGGAAAGUAAAAAAUAAUGCGACGAAAUGCAGACUAUUAGUCAUGCCAGAAACGACCCUGACGGACUUCGUACGAAAACGACAAAAGGAGUGGAGAGAGAGCGGUUGGAAGCUCGACAUGGCUCGGUGGGCGUUGCCUGAUGAUACUGUAAAGAUGCGAGAAAAUACGCUGAAGGGUUUCAUUCUUUAGUUAAUUAUUUUUUCUUCGUUAUGUGUUUUCAACUGUGAACACUGUUUACAGUGAAUAAACUCAUCAGAUGCAAACAUAAAAUAAAGACUUAGCUAGGCCUUCUUAUUUUGUUAACUGAUGGGAAUGUUUAGCGGGUCUUUUAAAACGAACAACUAUUUCUAAAAGGAAAACUCUGACAUCAUUGUAACUCUCUAAUUACCACAAUAUCCUUCUGAUAGGGCCAUGAUUACUCAAUUAUCAAGGUAUUAAUUCUCUGAUAAGACAAUCUUUCAAUUAAGGUAAUCUGAUCAGACCAUGACUUCAGUGAUCAAGGUAACCUUCUGUUAAGGCCAUUGGUGUCCAGUAACCAAAGUAACUCUCUGAAAGGAUUAUCACAGCUCUCCAAUUAUCAUAGUAAUCAUGACACAUAGCAAUGAUUUCCUGAUUGUUAAGUAACCCUUCGACAACACCAUUAGCUUCCAGCUAUCAAAGCAUGCUGAUAGGAGCAGGAUUCUCAAUUUAUCCAAGUAACCCUCCGAUAGGACAUCAA